AUGAACAGAAGACGAAUUCCUUCACCCUGCACAGACGAUGUGUCCGAAGUCAGCAGUGUAAAUUCUUUGUCAAUCCGUACAUCACUUACAUGUGUGCAAGAACGGUCAUCUCGCGAGCAUGAGGAGCUACGGGCGCCAACGGUUUUCGACCCGCACCAAGCUACCGAGAGAACUUUGGACUACGACAUACCGAAUUGGAAAGUCCUCCCUACGACGUCAUUAAUCAACGAGGCUGGCUCCCUGCUCAGUCAAGCGAGUCCCCCGCAAGAGCCCGGCCGAUGGCGGGCUAUCGACACGUUUGGACUCUGUGUCCUCGGCAUUGGAACUGUCUUCAUCGUCGGAUCUGUUGGCUUCAUGAGCUUUUUCUGGCAUACUUCGAUACAUGCCAAAGAAGUCAUUGUGCAAAGCACAUUAUGGAGCCAAAUCGUUUUCGCCGACUGGGCGUCUAGAUCAAUCACUCUGACGGCCGCUGCGCUGCGUGUUUGUCUGGCGCUCCAGAUGAACGUGUUCACCGCAAUGAUCGCCUCGCUCAUGGUAGAACGGACAGGGGUAUCAUUCAGCGCUGCUCCCUUCGUCUCGAUGCUGAGAGCUAUGUCUGCAUCGCCGUAUAAUCUCAUCAGCUGGACACCUUUCGACAUGCCCUGGGGCAUUGGGACCAUUUAUACCGUGGCCAUCACAACUUCAGUUCUCCUGACAGCAGCAUCUCAGUUGGCCUCGACCGCUUUGCUCUCUGAUUUCGCAUUAGUAAAUGUGACUGCACCGCGAAAGGCUGUCAACAUGCUGUAUGGAAACAGUAGCGUCAUAAACCCUACAGUGAUGCAGGGCUCCAGCAUCUGGAAGUCAAAGCCUUGGGUCUAUCCUAGGUUUGCGGAACUUCAAAGACAGCCUACCGAGGCCCAGCAGUCCGAAUUUUACGAAGAUACAGGGACCAUCCUACGGGCAUUCAUUCCCUUUGCGAAUGAGCCAAGCCGUAGUCGCCUGCGAACUUAUGAAGGGCCAGCCGCUGUUGUAGACUCCAGAGUGGUCUGCAGAGUAGGCGUGUCAGUCACUGCAUGCUUCGCAAACUUACAGAGCCAUGUCCAAAAUGUUAGCAUGUCUAGUAAAGUCGACGGUCAUGAACCGAUCCUAGCUUGGGACAGCCCGAAUACUCAAUACACCACAAAUGUCAUUCGAGACCAGUAUUCCAGCAUCUGCAAAGGACCUCCCAGCGCAGACCCGGCUCCGGAACUGCUCGAAAUCAUUCCGAAGAAGAGUUGGAAGAGUGAGGAUCACAGACUACCGCUCGACGUUGUCACCUCUCAAUUACCCUUUAUGACACGUAGCCUGCACGACCCCUUAAUCGACCCAUCGCCCUGUGGGAUGCUACGGACGGGAGGAUACUCCUCGCGUGCCGUUCAUUACGCUCAUUCAGCGCUGUUUCAAGACGUGCUCAGAACGAGCUUGAGCGUACCAGAGGCACUACAGGCCAUUCUCACAGUCACGCAGCAAAUGUCUUACUACGAUACCUUGCCUUACUUCCGGAAUGCGUGGCCAGCGACUUACGCCAUGACAGAGGAAAAGCUAAUACCUGUCCGGUGGGUCGGAUUUGGCAUCGUCAUUGCUAUCAUCGUAUUACACCUAAGCCUCGUUGCAGCUGCGUCUGUUUCAUUUCUCAGGUUGACCACCUGCAGUAGCUUGGGAAAUGUUUGGAUGUCACUAAGCCAGGUUGUGUCAUUGGAGACGGAAGGUCUGAUUCAUGAAGCUACAUCGAAAGAUGACAAGGAAGUUGAAGAGAUGAUUUGGGAAGCAAUAUUCAAAGGUGAUUCGGGGUUGAAGCAGAGGAUUAAGAUCAUGAAGAACGGGCUUAACGGCCGGAAUGAGUUAAGCUCCUUCUAA